CUCGUGGGAAGCGGUGUCAGUUCGGAUCUAGGUUUUCUGCGGGCAUAAUGGCUAACGUUUCUCUGACAUUUCUUACAUUCGCUGUGUUCGCCUGUGUCCUCGUGGCAGUCCUUGCCGAAGUAUGCACGGUAAAUAGUGACUGUAUGGCAACAUCUUGCCUGUCUGGAUCCACCUUGAUUUGCCAGCAUCCGGAUGAAGGUGGAGUCACCACUAAUGGAGGGUUCUGCACGUGCUCAGGUGGAGGAGAUACAAGUUGUGGUGGCAACCGAACUUUGUGCUUUGGAAACCUAGCUCCGAAUCUCCAAUGUCCGGACAGCGACAGGCACUGUUACGAUGGAGUGUGCAUCUGUUCCCGAUUUCCAAUUGGCAGAAGAUGAGCGUUGGCAUAAAUUCCUAAAUGUAAAAUUUUUAUGGUAAUAAAGCAACUGUGGCUCCAUGUA